AUGAGGAAUAAGAUGAAGACUAAGAUGAAGACUAAGUUGAAGACUAGGAUGAAGACUAGGAUGAAGACUAAGAUGAAGACUAAGAAGAAGACUAAGAAGAGGACUAAAAUAAUGGCUAAAUUAAAGACUAAAAUGAAUACUAAGAUGAAGGUUAAGAUGAUGACUAAAAUGAGGAUUAAAAUGAGGACUAAGUUGAACACUAAAAUGAAGACUAAGUUGAAGAUUAAAAUGAAGACUAAGAUGAAAACUGAGAUGAAGAUUAAGAUGAGGAGUAAGAUGAAGAUUAAGACGAAGACUAAGAUGAAGACUAAGAAGAAGACUAAAAUGAUGACUAAGAUAAGGACUAAGAAGAAGACUAAAAUAAAGACUAAGAUAAUGGCUAAGUUAAAGACUAAGAUGAAGACUAAGAGAAAGGCUAAGAUGUUGACUGAAAUGAAGACUAAGAUGAAGCCUAAAAUAAAAGCUAAGGUGAAGAUUAAAAUUAAGAAUAAUAUGAAAACUGAGAUGAAGAUUAAGAUGAGGACUAAGACGAAGACUAAGAUGAAGACUAAGAUGAACACUAAGAUGAACACUAAGAAGAAGACUAAAAUGAUGACUAACAAUAUGACUAAAAUGAAGAUGAAGACUAAGAUCACCACUAAUAUGAACACUAAGAUGAAGAUUAAGAUGAAGGCGAAGAUGAAGACUAAAUUGAAGACCAAAUUGAAAAAUAAAAUAAAGUCUAAGUUGAAAAUUAAAAUGAAGACUAAAAUGAAGACUAAAAUGAGGACUAAGAUAAUGGCUAAGAUAAGGAAUAAGAUGAAGACUAAGAUGAAAGCUAAAAUAAAGACUAAGUUGAAGAUUAAAAUGAAGACUAAGAUGAAAAUUGAGAUGAAGAUUAAGAUGAGGACUAAGAUGAAGACUACGAUGAAGAUUAAGACGAAGAUCAAGAUAAGGACUAAGAAGAAGACUAGUAUGAAGACUAUGAUAAUGGCUACGUUAAAGGCUAAGGUGAUGACUAAAAUGAGGAUUAAAAUGAGGGCUAAGAUGAAACCUAAUAUGAAGGCUAAGAUGAAGAUUAAAAUGAAGAUUAAAAUGAAGACUAAGAUGAAAACUGAGAUGAAGACUAAGAGGACGACUAAGAUGAAGACUACGAUAAAAGCUGGAUGA